AUGUCUGAGGAAGAAAAGUCUGGUAAGGGUGCCAAAGGCAUGCGGGCUGUCAUUCUGGUUGGUGGGUACGGCACUCGUCUGCGCCCCCUUACCCUAACGAUGCCAAAGCCGUUGGUGCCGUUUUGCAACAAACCAAUAAUUGUACACCAAGUGGAGGCACUACGAGAUGCGGGUGUGACAGAAGUGAUUCUUGCUGUUGCGUACCGCUCUGAUGCGAUGAGGAAAACCAUGGAGUACUGGGGCAAGGAGCUUGGCGUCUCCUUCGUGUUUUCCCUGGAGGAAGAGCCCCUUGGGACAGCUGGACCGCUGGCACUGGCGCGUGAUAUCCUUCUCCAGGAUGAUCAGCCCUUCUUUGUUUUGAACGCGGACGUCACGUGCAAAUUUCCGCUGCGAGAACUUCUCUCAUUCCAUAAAAAGCACGGGAAGGAGGGCACCAUCGCCGUGACGAAGGUGACAGAGUGGCAGAAGUACGGUGUUGUCGUCUUUGACGAGACGACUGGGCUUAUUGAUCAAUUUGUGGAAAAACCGAGAAAUUUUGUGGGAGAUCGUAUCAACGCCGGUAUUUACGUGUUUAACAAGAGUAUUCUUGACCGCAUUAAGGUGGAGAAGACGUCCAUAGAAACGCAAGUAUUCCCACAGAUGGCCAGCGCCAAACAGCUGUGUGCAUUUGUGCUCGAAGGCUUCUGGAUGGACAUCGGCGUUCCUAAGGACUACAUUGAGGGCGUGAGCAAGUACCUGCGGUCGCUCAACGGGACCCCGAAGGAGGCAAAGGAGCUCUACGGGGCUGGCCGGGCUCACAGAACCGAUGAAUUCACCGUCGUCGGCUCCGUCAUCAUAGAUCCAAGCGCGAAAAUUGGAAGGGGCUGCGUUGUCGGACCUUUUGUAACGAUUGGACCAGGCUGCGUGAUUGGUUCCUCGUCCCGCAUUAAAAAUGCGGCGAUACUCGAAGGCAGCGUCGUCGGUAGCGGGACUUUCAUCGACUCAAGCAUUAUCGGCUGGAAUUCGCGGGUCGGCUCCUGGUGCCGCGUUGUCAACAACGCCGUGCUCGGGGAGGACGUGGAGGUGAAGGACGAACUGUUUCUUAACGGAACCAAAGUACUUCCGAACAAGUCGAUAACGCAAUGCUAUCACGAGCCGGAGGUUAUCAUGUGA